UUUAACUGUUUACUCAAUAUGAAAGCGCUCAUUAGAGCUUUUCAUCUUUGUGAUAAUCUGUAUUACAAGCAAUUACCACUGGAACUAUAGAUCUCUCCAGUGCGUUUUGUUGUUUUCCUUUCUCUCAGCCUACCCUCUGAACUGUGACCUAAUGAAGUCAUGAAAAUACUUUAAGCUGCAUAGAAAUUCCAAAUUUAGUGUUCAAAUUAUUACAAAACAAGCUCUCCUAGGAUUAAAACUGGAGUGAUCCUAUCAGAAUAUACGCUUAAUAGAAACCAACUACUGUGAAACAUUUAGCCCAGAUAGAUAUAGGUACAGAACAUACUGACCUCCAGAACACAUUUCAAAGAGUAUAUAGCAAUUAAUGUGAGUUUAUAAGUAACGUAUCUGGAAGAUAAUUAUUAAAUUGCUCCAACUGCUCUAAUGACUUAAUCUCUAAAUUACAGCAGGCAUCUUAAAAAAUAAAAUCCGUAACUUGUGUAAUAUAAAAAGGCUUAAAAUGCAGCGAAUUUGUUACUGAACAUAUUACAGUUUACAGCUAGUUAUGCUGCACAGUAAUCAUUAUGUAGAUGAUCAAAAAUGACUUCUGGAAGUAAUUUUCAUAUGAACGAGCACAAAGGUUGAUGUUCCUGGAACAUUAUACAGAUGACUUAUUCAAAUACACAGUCAAAAAUUCCCAUAAAUUAGAGUAAAACAGAUUUGAUUCUAUUCAUUUGCUCACACUGCUAAUAACACCAGUCUCAUUUUUUCUACAUCUGUUCACUCUUUUUUUUAGACUUCUAGGGAGAAGAAAGGCUACAGAAAAUUAGAAGUAAAAAUCACCGUAGAUAAAAUAGGCAGGACAGAAAUUACAUUUGAAUUCCUUUUUUUUUUUUUCCAGCAAAGGCGACAGAGGAAACUUGGUCUGCCCUUUCACUCUUACUGAAGAAUCCAUUUAUUAUCAGCUUACUAAGAACCCAAAUAAGAAAAGCCAGUGGUAGCAACCACUUUUUACACUUCUCUGAUCUCAUCGUGCCUUCCAUUCUGACACACCUUCAGCUCACUGAUGCUGUUGCAUAGAACUGCAUAAAAAGAUGUGACAAACCUGCUCAGCCCAAAAGCCUCUUCAGUGUUUCAGACAUCUUAUUAGCAGAGGCAAACUCAGCACUUGAGAGGAUAGAAAUCGGGACAGCCAAGGGGGUAAUUACCUGUUAACUGAGAUCUAUUUAUUAUAUCCUUCACUGAAGAAGGUUGCUUUACCUGCCAGCAUUCACGUGGCAGCAGUUCUUCCUUCUUCCAAGCACAGGGACUUCACCAGUGGCCACCCUUCACACAGCACACAUCAACACCUCUCAGCUCACAGAAAACAAGUUACAAGAAUCUGAAGAAUAAAUACAGCAAUAGUGUCUCUAAAUAUUCCAGAGGCAUUUUGGAUGAUGAGAUGUGAACCUUCACAGGCUUUCACAAAUUGUCAUGGUCUUUACUCAUUAACCAGACCUCCUAAUUGAAUUUAUUUGCGUCCAGAUUAAAAGGUCUUCACUGAUAUCCACAGGCUGCUCUGUACUGAAGUGGAUUUAUUCCUCUAAGCAAGACAUGUUAACUACUUGCACAUUAGUACAAGAUCACAUCUGUAGUUAUGACACAUGCUUGCAAUAUUAUUCAGCAUAUUUUCAAUGCAACCAGAUGUGCUCAGCAUUCCAGGCCAAGAAAAGCACAGCAUCCAAAUUCAGCAAACAAACAGAUUAAAAACGUUAAGAAAAUCUUCAUGUACCAAAUAGUAUUUGAUUUACUAGCAAAUCAAGCAGAUAAGAUACCACGGCUAUAACAUGGCUUGUCAGUUACAGUUAUACCAACUUUCACACACUAAGUCAGACUUCAACCUCCUUUUCUGUAUUUGUGUGAAUUCCUAAGACGACUUAGCUCUGCUAAGAAAGCUUAUUAACUUUUUACUAAACUAUUAAGGAAUGAUGCUGCAAUGACAUUUCCGUAUUAUACUACUCCUUUAUGUAACCAAUUCAGAAGAAAACAUGCCUAAAAAACUCAUUCAAGCACCCUUUAUCUUUUAUAAACAGGACAAUCAAUAGCUGCAUUAUUCAACGGUCUCCCAGGGAUAGCUGGUUGAAAGUAAAUUAAUUGACUGAUCUACAUCUCAAAACUACAUCAGUGUGUCUGGGUUGCAUAAUAGUCACUUUGUACGUGUAGCAGUCAAAGCAAAAUAAUGAGAGGUACAGAAAUGGCUGGCUCUGCACUUUUACACAACUAAUUACUGCUUCGUGUAGACCUUCCACAAUGAUACAACUUCUCCCAUAUCUAAAGUGAUUGAAGUCUGGUUGACCUAGGAAAUUAAUAAACAUCUGCUUUGAAAGAGAAGCAUGUUAGAUGGGGUUCUUUGGUAGGUUGCCACCUAGGAAUCAAAAUCUUUCUGAUACCAUAUCUCAAUUAAGUUCAUCAGCCAUUUCAUUUAUCAGACAGCAAGUUGUCUGUCACACACAUACUGACAACAGAGGAAAAAAAUUCCAUUUCAUUUUUGUUGUCUAGGGUCUGGGCUAAGACCUCCACCAGUCGGACAAGAAUUAAACAAGUAGUUCUUACUCUCCUUAGGAGAAAAUCCUUAAGGACUCUGCAUAUUUUUCAGAUGACAAAUCUGCAUUUAUUUGAAUACCCCGGUGAAUGGUGAUGUACUACUUUAAGGACAAUUAGCCAUGCUUUUGAUGCAAAAAGCCUUUGGGAACUGACUGUUCUAAUUGCUGGUCUAAUAAAAGAUAUUGUGCAUACCUACAAAAUUAAUGGCUAGGCCACACAUCAGGAAUAGAAUCUUAAUCCACGACUUCCUGUGUCUUACGCAAGCAUCUUUUUAUAGUCAGAGAAGAUGAAAAUGUUUUCCUCUUCGCUUUGCCACCUGUGCUUCAAUUCAGCACGAAGUAGAAUAAUCAGCUGGAUAGACACUUGCAGCAGUUUAAGCAGAUGAGCUUUCCCAUAUAUUUAGACUGGGACAGACUAAGUACCUCGUUAAAUCAAAACCGUGGAUCCCAAAGAUAUCCUCUCAUAACUCUAGGAAACCAAGCAAAGCGUAAGUAGUUCCAAAUCCAUAGCAAGUAUUGUAAACACUCUUAUCAUUACAGAGCAGAGAACCUUCAGCCUAAUCAAAGAGAGUGGGAUCCUCCUAACUUUGGCAAAAAUCCUGAAAAGCAAUCCACGAUGUGCAGUAAAAGCAGCCCAGGUGCUUUCAGAGAUAGCUAAGAAUGAUGAAAUGAAGAAACCAUGUAUUGAAGCAGAUUUGGUUUUGACCUUGAUACCUUUUCUGGAAAGCACAGACCAAGAAAUGUUGCUUCAUGCUGGGAGGGCUAUUGGUCGUAUCUGUUAUGAUAACCGUGAUCUUCAGGAAGAGCUGGUGAAGGUAGGCGUCAUCCCAUCACUGGUCCGAAUAUUGACUGACCAUGCAGAGAGCGAACCGCUUGUCCACGUUGACCUAUUGGCCUUAUGCAACCUUGCAGACCUUGAUACAGCUAAGGAAGCUCUAAGCAAGACAAAGGUUGCCGAACAGCUGGUGAAACAACUGAGAAGAGCAGAGAGCCACGAGAGGUUAGAAAUCAUCUUUGAGGUCCUUCAAACACUUGCAGAAAAUGAUGCUCUGAAAGUUCAGCUGGUGGAGGCAGGUGUGCAAGAGGUCCUGUCUGACAUCCUGCUGAGGCUCCAGGGCAGUUCACAAGCUGAAGACACAUGCAUUGUGAAGGCCACAUCCGAUCUCAUCGUCUCUCUGCUUCUUGGAGACGGCAACUGUGUACGAAUGGUACAGGUGGGAGUCAUACAUCAGCUUCUGGAUCUUUUGGAGAAACACGUGGAGAGCGAAGACAUCUCUGUUCAACAUGCAGCACUCAGUGCGCUUCGAAACCUUGCUAUCCCAGUUGUUAACAAGGUCCAAAUGCUGGAGGAAGGCGUGGCAGAACGGAUUCAGGCACUCCUACGGUCAGAGAUGCCUCCUGUGCAGUUUAAACUUCUUGGAACACUACGAAUGUUAGCAGACGGCCAAGCUGACGCGGCUGAAAUCUUGGGCCAAGACCCCACGCUGCUCAACCGACUGGUGCAGUGGUGCGAUGUCAGUGACGACAGCGACGUUAGUGGAGAAGCAAACCGGCUCCUAGCAUCAAUCUUGCGUCACAACAGGUCCCAAGAAGUGGUCAAAGCAGUGCAGGAGGCACAAGGAGUGAAGCACCUGGUUUCCAUGACACUGAGUGAACACACCGCCAUGCAGAACGAGGCUCUGAACGCCCUGGCAAUUGCAUCUGCUAUUGAUUUAGAAACCCUUGAAGAAUCUUUCAAGGAAACGCAGCUAGUACAAAGCUUACACAAACUCCUACAAGACAAUAAUACAAGUGCCGAGGUGAAAUAUAACUCAAUGAGUCUUUUGUGCAGUCUUCUUAAUUCAGGCCAUCUGAGACAAGAAAUAGAAGACAGCAAGAUUGAAGAAACACUCGAACAGCUCUGCAGUCACAACAAUGCAGAUGUGGUCAAAGAAGCUCUUACAACGUUGCAGAUUUUGAAACGAGAGUCACCUUACUAGCCCCCUUCCUCUACAGAGCAAUCCUGUGCUGCUGCUGAAGCAAAUGCAAUAAAAUGCCAGCUCUGCCAAUGCCACCUUGCAUUUGUCAUGCUGCUGCACUGAUGCUAUUAAAGACCAGGUACAACCCCUGCUUUUAAAACUGUACAUACAAAGAUUUGGCCUACAGAUAUCUCUAUUACUGCUGUUCAUUAGCUGCUUCAUUUUCCCCACAUCAGAAUAUCACAAUUUUUAUUUUAAGUAUUUCAAAACCAUUGUGAUUUGAAAAUUGUUAUAGAAAAUCUAAAGCUUGGAUCGCACAACCCCAAACAAUGAAGAUUUUGUUUAGAUAUGAGCCACUGAUUAAACAAAGCAAUGGGCUAAUUGGUACCAAUUCAGCUCCUGUACACUGUGAAUAUAACUGCAUACCCUGUUGUUAACUGGAAAUCUCACAACCAUCCACGAAGCUGUACCUUCAAAUCAACUCCCUCUCCUCUUCCUCCUUUUAAUUUCUGCUUUAGAAGUCAUCUGAGUUUUUACCUACUAAUAUAACAAGCUGCACUGCUAAGCACGUGAGGUCACAAUGUCAUCCAGUGCUCAGAGAUAGAACUAUUAUAAUCUGGAAUUAUAUGCCAUCCAUACAGUACUUGGACAAGACACAAAUUAGUUGUGACAAGCGGGCACGGGUGAAGAUCUGAAGGUGACUGGCAUUUCAGUAAGGUAUCUUCAGUAAGAGAAGCCGGGCUCAACUAGAAAUAUUUAACAACGACAGUAAAACAAACAUCUCUGAGAAUUUCUGUGACAAUUGUUUAUGUUUAAUAACAGUGAAGGAAUGGUAAGAAUAGGAUCUACUUCAUGACUUGCUCUUAUGAGAACUUUGUGAAGCACUUGCUAGUAGGUUGCAGCCACAUUGCCAAGAUCCAGGUGACCAAAUUCAAAGUACUCUAGAGGUAGACACUGAAAAGCUAGGGAACAACUUACUUAAUCCAGCAGUAAGUUACUGAGAAAAAACACAAAACUAUUGACCAUUAUGUAAAAAUAAAACAAGGAAUAUUUUGAAGUCCACAAGGUCUCCUGCACUCAAACAGCUUGAGCAUAAUUAGCCUGUAUCUAUAAGCAAACAUAAGAACUUCUGUUCCUGCAAAAGCUUUCACACUUGUGGAACUCACUACUGCUAUUUAGCCCACUACGUCUGUAACUGAUCCAUGCUACCUGAUAUCACUUUCAGCAGUACUAAGAAAGGGAACUUCACAAAACCACUCCAGACGUCACUUGGAACCACAGUAAGUUUUUGACUACAUAGUAAAAAGAGAAAAACAAGACGUGUACAGUGUACAGUUUACUCUGGCUUGAAGCAUACAGCCAUAUGGGCAUCCUAUAACUUUCCACUGUCAAAAUAAAACAGCUCUAGCCAAGCUCAGUUUCAGAAUGAGAUAUGGACUUGUGCCUAAACCAGGCAUUAAGAUGGAAUAUAUCAGGAUUAUUACAAGUUUUUUUUUUUUUUAUCUUCUAUACACACACACAGCUCAAGUAGCCACACUCAAGUUGCCAUUUGUCACAGAAGUGAUCCAGCCUUAACAUUCUACAAUAUUUAUUCUAGAUAUACGAACAAUAAGGCCAUUAUCUAUUGGCUAAAUGUUUCCGACCUAACAAAAAUGCAAAGCAAGUUUUUGUUUUAAUGUAUUCAAGUCAAAAUGAGUCAACAUAGACACACCAAAUUAGUAAGUAAACCUCAUUUUCAGACCUGUUAGGUAACUUCCCUUCUGCACUCAGUAAUUUCAGGACCAUUGCUCAGGUAGAACAAACCAGACUGUAAUUCACUGAGUGAUACCUGAACUAGUGGCAGUCAUAGUACAAACAUCAGUUUCCAACAUUUUUUUUUUUUAAUAUCUGCAGAUUUCAUCAUUGUUUCUCUGCAAACUGACUUUCAGCUUCCAUUUUUUGCAUGGCUUUCCAUUAAGAAUGAAGAGAAAAGCACACAGGUUACCUAUUAUUCAUCAGUCUUGACUGAAAAAAAAAAUAUCAAGAAUUACGCUGAGUAAAAAAACAUAUGCAAGUAUUAGCACACCUUUACCUCAGAGAGGAAAAGAGCAGAAGUGACUGCAAGCAAUAAAUCUUAGAAAACAAAUUCCAGCAGUACAAAACAUUUAUUUUAUUUAAUCAAAUGUAAGGCUUGAGGAAAAAAAAAAUAUAUAUAUAUAUACCAAAAGUCACUCAAAAGCUAUCUCAGAAGAGACAGAACCUCCCCUUACACAGGAUAAACAUUCAAGCUGCAUGAAAACCCACAGGCAGUAUGGUAAGGAAGAGGAAAGGAUUGAAUGGAGAGACAAAAAAGCAAGGCAAUGCUAUAUAUAAACCAAUUGCCAUAUGAACUUCAAUGUACUUGAGGUACAAAUCUAUCCACAUGGGACUGUACAAGAGUCAACAGAAAUAAAGACCCCUUGGGAAGUAAUAUUCUGACUUUUAAGAGGCUACUCAAGCUCCUUUGGUCACUGCACUCUUAUCUGUGCUGGUAUUCACCCUCCUUUUUGUAUACAAACCGUGUCCAAACACACAUAAGAAACAAGAGCAGUUGCAUUGUCAGAACAAAUUGAGAAAUAAAUACAUUGCUUCACAGAAAUAUAUUGUGCUCACUUCUGUUAAAUAAAAAUGAUCACCCGUUGAAAAGUUCCCUUCGCUCAGUCCAGUUAUUCAAGUCUGAUCUCAUAUUUGAUAUCUUCAUUAAAUACCUUGUUUUUGUCGUAGUGUUUGCGGAGUUGUUCCGAAUGCAACCAAUAAAAUCUCAACAUCAACAAUUUAUCAAACCUCUCCUUGCAAAACUGUUGAUUUGCUUCUCCUUCGGGGCUUUAGAGCAGGCUCACACCCAACUGCUUAUUCUGACAAGACUUGUUUAAACCAUAAGCUCAAUUUUUAGGCAUUAAGUCACUGUGGGUCCAUACAAAAGGUGCUAAAUAAAACUUUAAGUACAAAACGGUAAGAAAGUAUUCCAAAUCUGAAAUUACAGUAGCCACAUGUACCACCACCAAGGGUGUACUUUAAAAUGCUUAGAGGUAAAACAGCCUACAGCCACAGGAUUUUAAAAAUUUUACUCAAUAAACGCAGAGAAGUUUAUCCACGGUUAAAACAGAAAUGUCCAUGAGUGUCAAGAGCAUCAGAUAGGUUGAGCUUGUUCUCCUGAACUCAGUUCCAAAAGAUUCUGAAGAGUAUUAAUACAAAGCUGGUGUUAACAUGGCCAAGGCCAGUAAGAACAAACUGUGUAAAGACAACACUGAUUAAAUUCUGCUUUGCAUACAAACCAUAACACCAAGGAACCAAAAGAAGCCAAGUAUUCAUUUGUCUUCAGACAUCUUGGCACGAUCCACAAACAGUGAAAUUCUGAUCGAUGGUACAGGCCCUUGGUGGCAGCUAACUUCAGUGCAUGAACUCCAUACUGACCUCACUGAAGCCACGAUGAUUUUCACCAACUCUUGAAACAACUUCCCAGCACUACGUGCUUUGUGUCAAAAAAAAUGGCAAAGUGAAAUGUACUCCCAGGAUUCAAUUUUCAACAUGAUGUUUUACAAACAGAAAGUCACAAUAGUCAGUAUCCUUCUCCAAUUUUAUAUACAUCAGAUUAUUACAUGGAACAGAGCAAGCUGGUUGACGAGGUGUUGUAAUAGUUCCGAGCACCAGAGUUAAAAGCAAAGGUUACCAAACACUGCUUUGUUGUUUGCAAAGUAGCAAUCAUUUGGCUGCUCUUAACAAACUACAUUCAACAAAUAGGCAAUGCAGACCACAAAUUCAAGGCUCUGCAGAAGAAAUACAUCUUGCACUCCCUUCAUUGAUCUACUGAUAUUUUUCCCUUGAUGCAUAACGAAGCUAAAAAAAGCAGUACAGUGCACUUCUGUAGAUUCUACUUUCAGGUUUUCCAGACAAAUAAUGGCGGAUCGUUCUCUGUUCUAAGGAAAUCAGCGAUUUUUAGACAAGCUUCCUUUUCCUCUUCUGUCUCAAUCACUGGCUAGAAAAAGAACUACCAAAGCUGCACUGAAAUAUACACGAGAAGUAUAGCAUUGCCUGUGGAGUGUUUCACAGGCUAAAGAG